UAGAAGGAAGGCUGCGUCGCGCGUGUCACGGAACGCUAUUCGUUUUUCGAGUUUUUGAAGUUGCUAAUUCGGCGGUGGACGAAAUUUUGUUUUUUUUUUUUAAAAUAAUAUUCGGAUUUUUGUGACAGUGUAUUAGUUUUUUUAGUGAUACUAAAUUGAAAGUGAUUUUAAAGUGAUUUGUUUUGAGUGAUUUUGAAAAAAAGGAUUUGUGAAAAGGAUUCUACGUUUUUGGUGUGCGUUUUUGGAUACCACAGUUGAAUUGACGAUAAUGACGUGACUCGGUGGCAUGGGACUGAUCUGAAACGAUGGCACGGGUUUUAUUUCUGCUGGCUGUUAUAUUGAUAUCACAUGUGCUGGCACAUCGCCACGGCCACGAUAUAUCGACCGAGGAGCCGGAGGUAGACCAUCAUGACAACGCCACGCAUCAUGGAAAGGAACACGGCGGCUGGUCACAAUGGUCUGACUGGUCGCUUUGCUCGCGGACCUGUGACGGGGGGGUGUCGCGUCAGCUGAGGAGCUGCUCCUCCCCGGCCGGUUGUAGGGGGGAGCCUGUGCGGUACAAGAUUUGUAAUAUGCAGCCCUGCCGCGGGAACGUCUCCCUUCUCGAAGAAGACAUCUGGCGGGAGCAGCAGUGCGGCGCCCACGACAGCACUCCCUACGGCGGGGAGCUGUUCCAUUGGCGAGCUCACAGAGAUGAUGCUGAACCUUGCGCCUUGACUUGCCGAGGAUCCCCACAGCACUCUGGACAAAGACCUGAACCUACGGUGUCGCUGGAUGAUGACGACAGAGUGGUGGUGGCAGUGCUCGCAGCACGUGUAUCUGACGGCACCAGGUGUCGCUCUGGCAGCUUGGACAUGUGCAUCGAUGGCAGGUGUCAACGCGUCGGCUGUGACCUCCGGGUGGGGUCGACUCUCCGUGUAGACGAGUGCGGUGUUUGUGGAGGGGACGGGUCGUCAUGUUCGCGGCCGAGGUACCACUGGCUCGCGACGCCGGGUUCACUUUGUUCUGCCACGUGUGGAGGUGGCUACAAAAUGUCCUUAGCCGUCUGCCGAGACCGCCUCACAGGCUCAGACGCACCCGAAGAACUGUGCGACGCGUCCAGCAAGCCUCAAGCAUCAGUCGUAAGGUGUAACACGCAUCCUUGUCCUUUCAAAUGGUACGUUGGAGAGUGGUCGUCGUGCAGCGUGUCGUGCGGUGGUGGGGUUCGAACCCGACGCGUACUAUGCGCCAGAUCGGCAAAUGUCACAAAGGCUGAUACUUAUGAACCAGGGUCGAGCCCGGAGCCAGGUUGUGUGUCACCAGCCCCAAGAUCCACUCAGCCUUGUAACCCUCGGGAGUGCCCGUCCUGGAUCGCUGGACCGUGGUCAGGGUGCUCUGUGUCGUGCGGCGAAGGGGUGCAAGUCCGAGGGGUGGAGUGUACUCCAGGAGGAGGGUGCGACCCGGCCAACAGGCCGGAGAUAUCACGACCCUGUUCCACCGGCAUCAGCUGCCCUUCCUUCAGGGAGCCUCAAGAUACUGAGGACGAGAUAGAAGAUCUACUUCCUGGGGUAGUUUACCACACACAACCACUAAUUCAGCCGUACCCUCCACCGGGUCCAAAAACUGAAAGACUAGUGGGAGAACCAGACGUGCCCGUUGAAGCCACCAACUACAAAAUAUUCUUUGCGUGCGGCUGGUUGUAUGUGAGUUACAUCAAAGAUGACGACUGGGGACCAUGCAGCGUGACUUGCGGAGAAGGAUGGAGGAAAAAAGAGGUCCAUUGCAAGAUCUUUCUAGAAUUUAGCAGAACAAUCGCGAAACUCCCCGACAGCAAAUGUAUGGGACCGAAACCCGCAGAAGAAACAGAGAGAUGUGUUAUGGAGCCUUGUUCUAUGGCUUAUGGAACGUCGUUUGGAGAUUCUAGUGCGCCGUCAUAUAGCGGUGCUGAUAGCAGGUCUCUGGUCUACGGGACUUCCAGCAAUAUUCGGGUGGCUCCUGGCUCCCCCGGGAAGUCUUACUCCUGGAAGGAGAAGGGAUACACCAGCUGCAGUGCCUCCUGUCUUAGUGGAGUCCAGGAGCUGAUUAUCCAAUGUGUGAGAGACGAAGAUGGCAAAAAUGCAUCUCCGUACAUGUGCGACCCUCUCACCAAGCCUGAGAAUAGAGUGAGAACUUGCAACGAUCACCCUUGCCCACCCAGAUGGAAUCACACCGAAUUCUCGCAAUGUACUAAGUCCUGUGGGAUCGGGAUUCAAACCCGAGAAGUGUCCUGUAUACACGAGGUGACCCGCGGUGGCACCAACACAGUUGUAGUGCCAAACAGCAUGUGCCCCCAACCCCCUCCCCCGGACCGUCAGUACUGCAAUGUGCUCGACUGCCCCGUGCGCUGGCAGACUGGGGAGUGGAGCAAAUGCUCUAAAACCUGCGGGGGUGGUGUCAAACAGAGACCGGUGGAAUGCAAGCAGAUAAUGGCUCAGUCACACGUGGUGGAACGACCGGCUGGCAUGUGCAGUUCUCCUAAACCUGCGUCCACGAAGAGCUGCAACGCUAGGCCUUGUCUUCUCGACACGUCUUCCCCGGAGAUUUCAUUGGCCAAUUCGUCGUAUAUACAGCAUGAUUUGAAGAAGAAAAAGGUAACUGUAAAAGUGGGAGGGUCAGCCACGAUAUUUCACGGGACACAAGUGAAGAUCAAGUGUCCAGUGAAAGGCUACAACAGGACAAAAAUACAAUGGGCUAAGGACCAUCAGAUUAUUACCAAAUCGAAGAAAUACAAGAUAUCCAAAAAGGGAGCACUUCGUAUAACCUCCCUCUCGCUUCGAGACCACGGGGUUUACACCUGUGUGGCCGGUAGAUCCAGUGCUAAUCUGACGUUACUGGUCAAGCCUAGACCUGGGGAAUUCCCAUCAAGUGAGGAGAUUGAGAGGCACAAGGCUCUGGAUGAGCCAUCUUCGCCCCUUUCUGAUAGCAGAGCCGAUGGGAGGUACCGCGCUAUGAUUGGUGGAUCCGAUGACCAAUCCCACGAACAGAGGCCGGGGGACCAAAGGAAGAACUAUAAACAGAGACAAAAAGGGAAAAUUGAUAAAGUCAGGGACGCCCUCUACGGGAACACGGCGACAACAACCACGAAAGCUCCCCCGAGCUUUAACUCGCAGCUUCCGAGGGACCUGUAUGAUGAGAACGAAGAAACUGCUGUCUCCUCCCAGAUUCUUCCACCAAAGCGCAGCAGUGCCUCAAGACUGCUACCGUGCCUACAUUAUAUAGUAAUGCAAAUCCAGACGUUUUGGAACUUCCAGACCUUUGGCAAUUCUCGAGGCCAGCGAAUGGCGGACCCCAUAAUGAUGUACCAGAAUUACGGUUUCCACCACGUCAUCAACUUGGAAGACAAGCAGAUAGUGUUCCCUGAAGACGAUGAUUCUGAUAUCAUAAUCGUCAACGAAGACUUCAACACUAAUUCCAUUGAAGAAGAACGUGUGAAGUAUGAUGAUAACGUUGAUACUACAACGGAAUUCAGAACUGAGGAGGCUCCAGACGCAGCGGACUAUGCUUGGAUGACGACAGAUUGGUCGCCGUGCACCGCCCCUUGUGCCAGACCUGGCCAUCAGAUACGGGGAGCUGUUUGUCAGCACAAGAAAGACAACUCGACGAAGACAGUGGAGACUGACGAGUGUCUAUCUCGGGGCGUGAAGCCACCAAAAGUGCUCAGGGAAUGUUUCGGAGAUCCGUGUGGCCACUGGAAGACGACGAGGUGGUCGCCAGUCAAGUGUCUCGCCAGUGGAGCUGCAGUCACAAGACGUCGAGUACAAUGUCUUGGCGACAAUGACACGGUGUUACCUGACACGUCUUGCGACCAGAGUACGAGACCUGAGAAUUCCAGGCGGGAGCCUCGUCCGUGCAGGCCGGCUUGGCUGGUCGAACCUUGGAGCAAGUGUGUCGGCCCCUGUGGCGGUCAGGGUCGUCAGCACAGAGCGCUGCGCUGCGUGUGGCGUUACGGCCAGCGCAGGACCAAGGAGCGAAGCGCUGCAGCCGCUUGCGAGGGCUUGAGGAGGCCCGAUGUCAUGAGGCGGUGUGAAAUGAAGUCUUGUGUUACUAAAGAUGGAGUUUGCAGAGACAGGUCAAGAUUUUGCGAAAACGUACGCGCAAUGAACAUGUGUGCGCUCCGACGUUACAAGGAGCAGUGUUGCAAAACUUGCUCAGAUUGAAUAUGGACUCUAACGUACGUUAAUAAAGUUGAAAAUUGAACAAUCAAGUGAUGCAAUUAGGUCGAAAUCUGCUUAAUUUCAGUCAGUCUGUUGUGAAGGGAAAUAUUGUAACCGAGCGUAUCACGUUUAUUUUUAAUUGGUAAUCUGUAUUUAAUUCGUUGAACUUAAUGAGUUUUUAAAAGUUUCCUUUUUUGGCUUUUUCUACACUAAUUAGCAAGCAAUCAGGCAUGCCGCACCUAAUGGAAAGUGGUCACCGCAGCCUAUUGAUGCGACAUUGAUUUAUUAAUAUUUUUAAAAUACAAAAAUAUAAUAUUUCAUUUACUUAAAUGAUUCAAGAACAUUAUAAAUUCCUUGUAGUGUAUUAUGACAUUAGUUAAUAGGAAAUAAUGCAGAGCUCUGAAUGUAUGACAAAGAGUGAAUGAUUUUGUAUGUAAGCACGAAAGAGACGGAUAGCUCUAGUCGGAAAGCACACAAGGAUGUAAAUGGCGUCUCAGACUCAAAUUGAAUGUAAAUUAAUUAAAUUUAAUCACUGAAUUGAUUAACUAUGUAAGUAGGAAACAAAAUAUUUAGUGAAAUGUUUUGUACAAUAUGAUAAUGAUGAAUUUAUUGUACAUACAAAAACAUAUUAAAUCGAGCACAAUAUGCUACGCUUACUUCCCAAUAUAUCGAAACAUGAUAAUUGAAAAAAAAUAUAUAUUGCACCAAAUUAUAUAUA